CUUGUUUGUACAAAACCUAGCAACAAAACGGUCACUGGAAUCCCAAUCAAGGAUAACACCAUCAAAACCACCAAAAUGCCCAAUACCAUAACCGUAUCCGUCCCCCAAAUCGCUAAAAUGAUCGACUACUCCCUCCUCCACCCCACCCUAACCGACGCCGACGUCCUUUCGGGCCUCCAAAAUGCCCGCGACACCCACGUCGCAACAGCCUGCAUAAAACCCUACCACAUCCCGCUCGCGCGACAAGAACUCGACGGAACUGACGUCCUCAUCUGUCCAGUAAUCGGCUUCCCGCAUGGCAACAGCACAACUGAAAUUAAAGUUGCUGAGGCUACCGCUGCAGCAAGAGCUGGCGGUGCUGAGAUCGAUAUGGUUGUGAAUGUGGGCAAGGUGCUUAGUGGUGAUUGGGGGUAUGUGCGGAAUGAGAUCGAGAAGAUCAACAAGGCUGUCAUGGACAACGGGGCAACACUCAAGGUUAUUUUCGAAAACGACUACCUAAAACCAGAGCACAUCAUCCAACUAUGCAAGAUCUGCACGGAAGUAGGCGCCGCCUUUGUCAAGACAUCCACAGGCUAUGGCUUCGUGAAGCAGGCGGAUGGAUCAUAUAACUACAAGGGCGCUACCGUUGAGCAUUUGAAGCUGAUGAAGGAGAAUGUUGGGGAGGAGGUGCAGAUUAAGGCGGCUGGGGGUGUUCGGACGUUGGAUGAUUUGUUGCAUGCUAGGAGCUUGGGGGUUAAUCGGGUUGGCGCGUCGGCGGCUGUGGCUAUUUUGGAGGAGGCGAGGAGGAGGGGGAUUGGGGGUGAUCCGGUUGAGGUUUCGUUUAAGUUGAUGGGAGAGUGAAAGUAGCCGGUAUAGUGUAUUUAUCAAAGGCUGUUUCGAGAGCUAGUCGCUUAAGAGAUCGAUAGUGAUCUGUGACAUUGCCCACCCUAAUUGAGCCCGGUGAUUAUCUGCGU